AUGAGCCUUCGCUUGUGUCUCCUGCUCGCCCCCCUGUCGUUGAUUGGCACGGCGCUGGCCGCCCCAAGCAGCCGGCUCCUGGAUGAACGGUCAGACCCGUCAAUCCAGACUUGCUACGAGGGCGAGCCAACGAGCCUGUUUUGCUACAACCCGCCCAAUGGAACGCCGCAAGAUGUAGAGGUGGACGACGUCGCCUUCGUCGCCGCCUACCUCCGUGCGUAUGGGGCCGAGACAAGGCUCGGCCGUCUCUUCAGCAUGGCUGCUGCCGACGCUCCAGACUGCGGCGAGUGGAGUCUCUAUUCCCGUGGCACAGCCAUGGCGGUUGCAAAACACGUCGAUAACACGGUCAACACAAGCGUGCUCUUCGCAGACAUUGCACGAACCAUUGACGGCGGUGCCAACGCCACCCCGGAGCAAAAGGCCGGGGCCAUUAUUGGCUGCCUUACUAGCGGUGGCUCUCUCGGCGUCCAGGUCAAUACAUCAGCCCCUGCCUAUACUGCAAGCUCAUACCCUGCCGGCUAUGUGACCAGUGGCAUUGUCGUUAAGAUUGUGUGGUCAGGCGCUUAA